AUGACUUCUCUUUUAAUAUAUAAGAUUUAUGCAAGCCCUUUUACAAAAAAAAAAUAUUAUCUAUUUAUGCAAAUUAGCAUAUCCAUAUUUUUAUCUGCUAUGUUUAAAUCAGCCACACUUUUCUACCUUUAUUUGGCAAUAUUUUAGAUAUAUCGCUAAUGUCACAAAGUACAUUCGUAACCCAAAUUCUAGACCUGCAAUCCAGAACUAGGGUCACAGCCCUUCAAUGGGUGUAAAGUACUUAAUAUAUCUUUAAAUUGAUAUAUAAUUUUGCAAAUUAUUAUCUUUUUCUCAUGGAAAUAUGUUUGAGGCUAUUCCUUUAGCUAUUAUUUAGGCUAGCACAGCAAUAAUUUACCCAGGGCUAGAGAAGCUCACUGGCAAGUACCACCCCUCCUGAACUUUCAACUUAAGAUAUGAACAACAUUAUCAUAGUUAAAGUAUCAUCUCAUACAAUCGUGCAAACUUUAUCUUUAAUCGAUAACAAACAUAUAAAUCACCAAAAAGGAAGCAUAUAUAUUAAAAAAAAUCGAAAAAUUAUAUAGUUACUCAAAAGAAUAUGAUUGCUUAUUUGAUCAAAGUACUUGCCAAGUUGCAUCUCACGCGGAAACGUUGGAUUCGAAAAGAAACUAGAAACACAAAUCGUUUUUUUUUAAACGUUGGAUUCGAAAUCUUAUUUGAUUUAGUUACUUAGUAAGACUAUAAAUCGUUGUUAGCUUUUUAUAACUUUUUGUUCUUGUUAAGUUGGUGUGUUCUCUAAUGAAUUUUAUCUUCCCCUCCCAAACAAUAUUUUUUGUAUUUUUACAUCCCUUAGAACAUCUCUAAUUCAUAGCUAUUUUUUAUUCGAGAUGCUACUCCCUCAGUUUUAUAUUAGUUGUUAUAUUAGAGUUAAAAUUUUAUUUCAUUUUAAAUAUUGUUUUAUGUUUCAAUGCAAAAUUUAUUAGUAAUAUUUUAUAAUUUAUUUUUCUAUUGGUUGAAAUAUAGUUAGGUGUAUGAGUAAUGAUGUUUUUAUUUUAGAAAUAUAUAAAAUUAAAUAUAUUUUUUAAUCUGUGUGCAUAAACCUAAAACGAAAACUAAAAUGAAACGGAGGGAGUAUAAUAGAAAAAAGAUUCAGUCAAGAUCAUCUCUAUUUCUUCCUCUAAAAUAUAGAUUGCUAUUUUUACAUAUAUUAAGAGGAAGAAAUAUUAUUCUUCUAUAAUUAGAGGCACUUUUUAUUUACAAAAUGGUCCUUCAACUUUUUACUUUAAUAAUUAUUACCAAACAUAAAUACUUUUAUAGUGACUUACACUUUUUAUAUGAAUAAAAGCAUACUUUUUAUUUACAUUAUAGUUUUUAAGAAAUAUUUAGUUUAAGUAAUAUCAUAGUUUUUUGAAAUGUAAAAAUAAAGUGGGUUAAUUUUCAAUUUUCACAAGUAAGAAGGUAUUAUUUGUAAAUUAAAUAUAUAUAUAUAUAUAUAUAUCAAAAAUAUUUUUUUAGAGGAAUAUAUUUAAAACAAACCAUCUCUAUUAUAGAAUUUCCAUAUUUUAGAGGAAUAAAUCGAAGAAUAUAUUGGAGAUGUACUUACAGCCUUACCACUUACUACUACUACUGCACAUUUCGGAUAUCAAAAUGGCUAAAUGUGUAGUAAGGGAUGAGAUCCAUGCAUAUUAAGAUUACGAAUAUUCAAAACUCAAGUCGAAAUUCACCUAAAAUUUUGGGUGAAAGGUGAGAGAACAAUGGAAUAAGAGUAGCAAGUCACAACUUUUGUGACAUGUUCUCCUCAACUAGACCAACAUAUAUCUUACAUUUGUGAAGUGAUAAUACAGAUGUAUGUGACAAGAGAUCACCCAAAACAAAAGAACCUAACUGAAUUAGAAAGUACAAAGAUGAUUAUCGUAAAUAUUUGAAUGAUUCCUUUCUUAAAAUAUUUCAAAUAUCCAAACUAAACCGAAUAAAAAAUCAAAUAAAUAAGGUGGGGUAUUAUGGUUAAAAAAUUACACGCAUUAGAUGAUUGUAAAAAAAAAAAAAACUUUUUUCCUAAUAACAUACAAAAAGGAAACAUCUCUAAUCGUAAACGCACUUUGAAAAUCAAAUGCUUAGCUGCUAAACAUGUCUUUGCAGUACGAAAGUCACCAAUAAUACCAAAAACUCUUACGAAACACGGAGUUCAAAUGAUCUACAACGACAAAUAUAUAAUAAUAAUUAUUCAAUUAAAUAAUUAAUAAUGUCGGAUUAAAAAGUGAUCAGUGUCUAAACAUUCAAUUUAAUAUGUGUUGAUGUACAAUCGGUGAAAUAUAUUGCUGACGUCUUAUAGGCACGCCUUGUGCCUGUAGUGUCUGAGCCGUCGAGAUACUUUCAGAUCUGCAACUCUUUGAUUUUUCAUUUAAAAUAGUAGAUUUGCAUUGCAAACAAGAUCUGAAUAAAAUACAUGCAAACACACAAAUUUGCUGAGCUUUAUUAGGAACCUUUAGAACGCGGUCCACACAUAUAAUAAUUCAAAAAUGUUUCUAAUCAUGGAUUUGAACAAUUGAAAAAAGAAACCUCACGUAUGCAUGAUGCAUCAACAAAUGACUGGUGAUGGCAGUAUGACAUUUCAGAUAUACUUGAUCGUGUCUGGCUUUAACGUAGGUUUUAGUUUGUUUCCUAAAAGUUCUCCUAGGUACUCUUGAAAGUUUCAUGAUAGUUUCCUCAAACUUUAAAGCAAUAUGAAAGAUUAAGAAUCCAUCCCAACAGCUAAUAAUGAUGAAAUGGGAUCAUGGCAUGUAACAUAUUGUGGUUUGUGUUAGUAUUGUUUUGCGUCAUCAUCAAACUGAUGCAAUCGACAUUUCUUUUUGCUGGAAAAAAUAAUAUAUGACGAUUUGAAGCUCUUAACUUAUUUUAGCAUUGAAAUGAUUUAUUAUAUUUGACUAACUCGUGGAUCGGUCAGUCGGUCACGGUUGGCAUGAUAAAAUCCUAAAUCUGACCCUAGUUCGAGAAUAUUAUUUUAAGGUUUGUAGUGCUAGUUAGCUAAAAUGUUUCUUACCGCAUCAAAACCAAAAUAGUCGAGUGUCGUAUUUAAGUUCCUGAUUCACUAUUAAUACACCCAGACUAUAGUUCGGCCAUGGACUUAACAACAAACAAAUUCAACAGUCCCAUUAAAACUUACAAUAUAUAUAUAUAUAUGCACAUAGGCUAUUUCGUUAUUACUGAAAAAUAAUAACUGUAUUUUAGAAACAGAUCAAACCAAUAGAUAGUGACCAACAGUUCUACCCAACCAAAAUGAUUUUUACUACUUUUUGGUAGAUAUGUUUCGACUAUGUUGAAGAUGGAAAUAUCGGACACUGGUUUUUGAGAUGAUAUGAUAAUAUUUUAAAGAAAAUAAGAAGAGAUAGUGCUUGCUAUCUUUACAAAUAUCUGUUAGACAGAAAAUUAUAAGACCACCUGUCUCAUAGUGACGCACACCAUAAACUCGUUCAUAGUGAUUUAAUUUAUUUAUAUAGUCUAUUGCCAUAAUUCCUUAUGUGGAAUCCAGCGAAUCUUAUACGACAACAGCAAAGAUUAGUGUAAGAUCGCAUGUAUAAAUCUCCUCGACACUUGGAGAAACCUUAGUGGUUCUUAUGUGUAUCAACUUUAAAAAUGAAGCACCAUUAAAGUUUUACGAUUGUACUUUUAAUUAAAGAAAAAAAAAAGGGUUUUCUUCAAAAAAAACCCUCAAUGUGGUUUUUUCUUGCAAAUUAAUCCGCCAACUCAAAAACUCACGAAUAACCCUCCAAAUACCAGUCAAACUGCAAUAUAAUCCUCAGUUGUAUAUAUGUGUAUUUGACUGUGUAUAAUUUUAACAUUUUUCAAUACUACAUCGUUUUGACACUAAAUUUUUAAUGAAAUUUUUUUGUUGAACACAAGAUUUGAACCUUGACCCUUAAACACUAUGUACAUGCUACAUAACCACCUUCAUUACGCAUUUACGCAAGCUUCCAUAUCCAUGAGAAGAAGAAACAAGGUCAUUUCAGAAUGAAUUUUUAGAAAUCUCUAUAAUUGUGUUCGUUAAGUAAACAAAUAUAUUUGUUGGCUGAGAUGGUUAUAUAGCAUGCACAUAGUGUUUAAGGUUCAAUGUUCAACCCCGAGUUCAACAAACUUUUUUCAUUAAAAAAUUAGCGCCAAAACAACGUAGUAUUGAAAAAUGUUAAAAUUAUACACAGUUAAAUACAUAUAUAUACGGCCGAGGGUUAUAUUGCGAUUUGACUGGCACUUGGAGGGUUAACCCGUUAGUUUUUGAGUUCGCGGAUUAAUUUACAAAACAAAAUCACAUUGAGAAUUUUUUUGUAGAAAACCUAAAAGAUAAUGAGCUUAAAUAUUAAAAAUAACUAUAAUUAAUGUGUGUAUCAACUCGUAGAUCAUAUAUAUACGUGCAACAGGACCGAAGUUCCAAAUAUUUCUAUUGGAUAGAUGCUCGGGUACACCAUGUUACGUGUUACCCAAUGCCUUAACAUUAUAUUUUUAGUCCCGAAUGAAUAUUGAAAUGAUUAAUAAAUAGCCCUAUAAGAUCCUUGUUUGGUAUUCAUGAAAAUGUUGAAGUUCGAGUGACUUAGCAUUAGGUUUAAGCCCCAAACUAGGGCCAUCAAUCAGAUUUAUCAUUUGAUUAGUCAGGCAUAGCUUUUUUCAGCUCUCUUUUGGUUUGGUUUAGAUUAGAUUAUUAUAUCCUUAAUUUUAACCUAAAAUCCCGCCCCCCCCCCCAAAAAAAAAGAUCCCUCAAAGAAAAUGUACCAGCCAGAAGGGACAUUUUAGUAUUUUUCAGAUGAUGUCUUUGCGGGAUGAAGAUUUGGAUAGACAAAAGGAUAUAUAUAUACGGGGGACUUCUGAAAAGGACAUGUUUAAAGAGGUAAAGAGAGCUCCCAAGUUCUACUUCUUCUUCUUUUCUUUACCUUUUCUUUGUAAUACUAAUAUUCUUUUUUUUUUCCGUCUAUAUCUACAAUUCCAAUUCUUUUCUUCUUUGGAUAAUUUUUGCUGAAUAGAUUAAUUAUAUAAGAGCUCCUACAACUAUUUUUGUAAUUUAAGAUUGAUAAAGUAUAUAUAAUGUAAAAAGGAUCCGGAUAUCAUCCACUGUAUAUAUAUUGUACAUUUCCUUGCCUUUUGAUAGUGAUAACCUUAUAGUUUUGAUUCUAGAAAGAACAUUAACUCUACAAAUCUAAAAAGAUCUUUGUCUUGUCACUAGUCUCUGUAUUUAUAGAAAACAAACAAAAAGUGGUGGAGCCAACUCGCCAAGGAGUUAAUUAGAGUGAGUCAGUGCGUGCAUAUAUAAAUACUGGAAGGGACAGAGAGAAAACAGAACACAACAUAACGCAAAGGCAGAUCAGAAGAACAUUUAGGUUUCAUAAAACAGAGAGAAGGAGAUUUAAGAUAUACUUCUCUUUUCUAGCUUUCACUUAUAGAAAAAAAAAAGAAGAAAGGAUGAGUUUGUGGGGAGUGAUGGGAGCAGGAUGGGGAAUGGUAGAAGAAGGUUGGAGAAAAGGGCCUUGGACUGCGGAAGAAGACCGUCUUUUGAUCGAUUAUGUGCGUCUUCACGGUGAAGGCCGAUGGAACUCUGUGGCGAAGCUCGCAGGAUUGAAGAGAAAUGGCAAAAGCUGUAGGUUAAGAUGGGUUAAUUACUUAAGACCAGACCUCAAGAGAGGACAAAUCACUCCUCAUGAAGAAACCAUUAUCCUUGAGUUGCAUGCUAAGUGGGGCAACAGGUGGUCAACAAUUGCUCGUAGUUUACCUGGAAGAACAGAUAACGAGAUCAAAAACUACUGGAGAACCCAUUUCAAGAAGAAGACAAAAUCUCCAGUUAACAAUGUUGAGAAGACGAAAAACAGAAUCUUGAAGAGGCAACAAUUUCAGCAGCUAAGACAGAUGGAGAUGCAGCAAGAACAACAGUUGCUUCAGUUCAACCAAAUCGACAUGAAAAAGAUCAUGUCUUUACUAGAUGAUGACGAAAAUAACAACAGUGGUGAUAAUAACUUCAGUAGCAGUAGUAGCGGCAGUAGUGGCGAAGGCGGUGCCUUCUAUGUUCCUCAUGAGAUCACACACUCAACAACUGGUUCUGGUUAUGACCCAAAUGGCAAUGGGGUUUUCCCGGUGCCAAUACCUGAGGCUAAUGUCAACGAAGAUUUCACCGUUUGGGAUGGUUUAUGGAAUCUUGAUUUGGAGGGACAAGAAAGCUUUGGUGGUGGUGCUUGUUUCCCAAGGAAGCACUGUUUCCAAAACGUGUUUAUUCCCUUCUGUUAGCUUGAGCCUUUAAGUGUCUUACCUGCCGGAAAAUGAAAAAAAUAAAACUUGACUGACAAGUUAGGUCGAGUUUGAGUUUGGUUUGGUCUUAUAUUUUCUGAUUUUCGGUUUAACAUAAGUUGUUCUGUUAGCCAUUGUGUGUGGAUCUUAUAAGAAGCACAUUUACGCAACGCCAAGUUAACGAACGAGUGAUGUAGUAGAAAGUCUGGACGAAUUGUGUGUCAAUUGUAGCACAAUAAAAUUCAAUUGAAACAAUCAAAUAAAAAUAUUGUUACUUGUAAAUUUUUGUCUCCAAAAAUAUCUUCUAGAUGAGACGAAUAGAGUAGAGAAGAUCAUUCUAGUGUGUAAAUGAGUCGUUUAUGCAGACUUAAGAUUUAUUUUGUUUGUGUGAUAUUACUAUAUUAGUAACUAGGCACAAUCAUUUAGUAGUGAUUCGGUAAACGUCGAUAUUGUUUUUGACCAACCAAAGUAGCAAGUAGAAAGGAAGAGACAUUGACAUGUCACUACUUUUUAUCAAUAAGUAACUUUGAAAACGUUUACGGUUAAUUAGUAGCCUAAAUGGGCUUUUAUUAUACGCGGCCAUUAUUAUCUGAAAGACCACAAAUAAAAAUUGAAUAUUUGCGUCCCCGUUUUAUACACAGUGGGCCAUAUUUGAUGGCAGAUUAGUUCUGGGCCUUGUGGGCCCUAAAAUUUUAACAAUUACUCCUUUUAAAUUAAUUAUAAUUAUUAUAUCCAAACUUUCGUCAAUAAUUCAAAUCAAAGAUUCAAAAUCUACGGACAUAAUUAGUAAUUGCAUAUAUUAGACCGCAAGCCCAUUAUGUAAGCACAUGUAACUAGGAUUCAUAAGGACUAUAUAUACGUCAAUAUAUGGUUAAUGUCUAUAAUGCUGUAAAAUAACGGUUUUUUCUUCUUUUAUUAUAUGAAUCAAACGAUCAUAUAAUAAAAGAAACUUAAUAGCUUUGUAAAACUUUAUUGAAAUGGAAAAUAAACCAUAGAACUUUAUUGAAAGAUUAAGAAACUAAAGAAAAGAAGAAGUUUGUGUUGUGUUCAAGAGAUAUAAAAAGUCAUUUGAUUCAUAUAAUAAAAGAAGGAAAAAUUACUCUUUUACCGCAGCCAAAGUUACAGACAUUAACCAUAAAAAGAAAUAUAUAUAUAUAUAUAUAUAUAUAGUCCUUAUAAAUCCUAGUUAAAUGGGAUUAAAUAAUGGGCUUGCAGUUUUUACAUGGGCCUUGCUAAUACUCCCCUGCAAGCUAAUACUCUCCCCCAAACUUGGCAUCGGCUGAAGCAAGAUGACAAGUUUGAAGAUGCAACUAGUAGUGACUUGGAGACAUGAAGAUGUAGACAUCUUCUCAUUUGAUGUGGAGAUAAAAACAAUAGACUUUAAAACCAAAAAAUACCUUGAUCUAUACUUCGAGAUCUAUCAUACUCCUUCAGAGGUAUCUUUGUACUUAGAGAGUUUUUCCAUAGUCCCUCAGAAGUAUAAUUUUAACCAUUAUAUCUUACUAAAAUCCUGGUUUUUCUGUACCCAUCUCUUAGCAAAGGAGAGUCACCGUAACUUCCAACAAUAUAUUCCUAUAGCCAACUAACCACUUUAACUUCCUCUUUGCCAUUUUAUUGAACAUGUUGUGUCCAUACAACUAACCAGACAUCAUCAGUCAUUUUUAUCAAACCCAAGACAGCUAACCAGACAGCAUCAAACAAACCAUAAACCAUUGCGUUCUUCUGAAUCUACCAAACAGCCAUCCACUUGUUAUGUCUAGGAUAGAAGGACAUAUACAUACCACUAAUAAACAAAUUUUGUGUGAUGACGUUCUGGAUCUGGUCGUCUUUUUGAAAAGAGGCGACUUUGAGAUGUAAAGAUUCAACCUUCAGCUCAUUUGAGGACAAGUUGUGUGCUUUGAUUAAAGCAGCCACGUGACUGAGAUUUGUUCAGACCCGUUUUGCUUGGUGUUUCAAAACCCCAUAGAUUGACUCGUUAGCUUGAGCGGAAGCUGUAGAAGAGGCAAGAUACGCCCAUGAAUCGACCUGGCUCUGAUACCAUGAUAACAUUUGAGAAACCUAGAAAGAUAAUAGCUUUGUAAAGCUUUAUUGAAAUGUAAAAUAGCUCAUAGAGCUUUACUGAAAUACUAAGAAACUAAAGAAAGGAAGAAGGUUGUGUUGCCUUCGAGAGAUAUAAAAGAUCGUUUAAUUCAUAUAAUAAAAGAAAGAAAGACUGCUCUUUUACAACAACCAAAGUUAUAGACAUUAACCAUAUAUCGACAUAUAUAUAGUCCUUUUAAACCCUAGUUACAUGAGCUUAAAUAUUGGGCUUGGGUCUUUACAUGGGCCUCGCUAAUACUCACCCGCAAACUUGGCGUCGGUUGAAGCAAGAUGACAAGUUUGAAGAUGCAAAUAGUAGUGACUUGGAGACAUGAAGAUGUAGACAGCUUCUCAUUUGAUGUGGAGAUAAAAACAGUAGACUUUAGAACCAAAAGAGACCUUGAUUUAUACUUGGGGAUCUAUCAUACUCUCUCUGAGGUAUCUUUGUACUUGGAGAAUUUUUGUAUAGUCCCUCAGAGGUAUAAUUUUAACCAUUAUAUCUCACUAAAUUCCUGGUGUUUUGUACAUAUCUCUUAGCAAAGGAGAAUCACCGUAACUUCCAACUCUAGAUUCCUAUAGCCAACUAACCACUUUAACUUCCUCUUUACCAUUUUAUCGAACAUGUUGUGUGCAUACAACUAACCAGACAGCAUCAGCCAUUUUUAUUAAACCCAAGACAACUAACCAGACAGCAUCAAACGAACCAUAAACCAUCGCAUUCUUCUGAAUCUACCAAACCGCCAUUCACUUGUUCUGUCUAGGAUAGAAGGACAUAUACAUACCACUGAUAAACAAAUUUUGUGUGAUGAUGUUCUGGAUUUGGUCGUCUUUUUGAAAAGAGGCGACUUUGAGAUGUAAAGCUUCAAUCUUCAGCUCAUCCGAGGACAAGUUGUGUGCUCUGAUUAAAAGAGCCAUGUGAUUGAGAUUUCUUCAGAUCCGUUUUGCUUGGUGCUUCAGAAACCCAUAGAUUGAGUCGUUAGCUUGAGCGGAAGCUGUAGAAGAGGCAAGAUACGCCCAUGAAUCGAUCUGGCUCUGAUACCAUGAUAACAUUUGAGAAACCUAGAGAGAUUAUAGCUUUGUAAAGCUUUAUUGAAAUGGAAAAUAGCUCAUAGAGCUUUAUUGUAAGACUAAGAAACUAAAGAUAGGAAGAAGCUUGUGUUGCCUUCAAGAGAUAUAAAAAAUCGUUUGAUUCAUAUAAUAAAAGAAGGAAAGACUGCUCUUUUACGGCAACCAAAGUUAUAGACAUUAACCAUAUAGCGACAUAUAUAUAGUCUUUAUAAGCCCUAGUUACAUGAGCUUAAAUAAUGGGAUUGGGGUCUUUACAUGGGCCUUGCUAAUACUUACCCGCAAACUUGGUGUCUGUUGAAGCAAGAUGACAAGUUUGAAGAUGCAAAUAGUAGUGACUUGGAGACAUGAAGAUGUAGACAGCUUCUCAUUUGAUGUGGAGAUAAAAACAGUAGACUUUAGAACCAAAAGAGACCUUGAUCUAUACUUGGAGAUCUAUCAUACUCUCUCUGAGGUAUUUUUGUACUUGAAGAGUUUUUGUAUAGUUCCUCAAAGGUAUAAUUUUAACCAUUAUAUCUUACUAAAUUUCUGGUUUUUUUGUACCCAUCUCUUAGCAAGGAGAAUCACCAUAACUUCCAACUCUAGAUUCCUAUAGCCAACUAACCAGUUUAACUUCCUCUUUACCAUUUUAUCGAAUAUGUUGUGUGCAACCAGACAGCGUCAGCCAUUUUUUUCAAACCCAAGACAACUAACCAGACAGCAUCAAAUGAACCAUAAACCAUCGUUCUUCUGUAUCUACCAAACAACCAUUCACUUGUUCUGUCUAAGAUAGAAGGACAGAUACAUAUCACUGAUAAACAAAUUCUGUGUGAUGACGUUCUGGAUCUGGUCAUCUUUUUGAAAAGAGGUGACUUUGAGAUGUAAAGCUUCAACCUUCAGCUCAUCCGAGGACAAGUUGUGUGCUCAGAUUAAAAGAGCCAUGCGAUUGAGAUUUCUUCAGACCCGUUUUGGUUGUUGCUUCAAAAACCCAUAGAUUGAGUCGUUAGCUUGAGCGGAAGCUGUAGAAGAGGCAAGAUACGCCCAUGAAUCGACAUGGCUCUGAUACCAUGAUAACAUUUGAAAAACCUAGAGAGAUUAUAGCGUUGUAAAGCUUUACUGAAAUGGAAAAUAGCUCAUAGAGCUUUAUUGAAAGACUAAGAAACUAAAGAAAGGAAGAAGCUUGUGUUGCCUUCAAGAGAUAUAAAAGAUCAUUUGAUUCAUAUAAUAAAAGAAGGAAAUGCUGGUCUUUUACAGCAGCCAAAGUCACAUACAUUAACCAUAUAGAGACAUAUAUAUAGUCCUUAUAAACCCUUGUUACAUGGGCUUAAAUAAUGGGCUUACGGUCUUUACAUGGGCCUCGCUAAUUGCAUAUUAGUAUUGCAAACUAUUUUUCUUUUGAGUUGUUUAUGUGUAAAGUAAAGAAAUUUUAAAAAAAUUAUGUUUGUAUUAAUCUAAUUAAAUUAAAAAACCAGAUUAUAUGACCAAGAUAAUCAGUGUCAUGCUGAGUUGUCAGUGUUAUAGACCAUUUCCAAACUAAAACUUAAUUAUAUUUUUUAAAAUAAAAUAAUUUUAUAAUAGAGUAUAUUUUUGACUAAGGCUUCAUUAAUGCUUCUACACCAGCAGGUCCAUGUUUCAAUUUCCGGAGAAAGCGAUUUAUUAAACAAUUAUGCAGGCUACAGAGAAAAAACUUACAAGAGAUCUUCAACAUGGUGCAAGUAAACUCGGUCAGGCGUGAUCUUCGUAGAAUGGCUCAGGUGAUGCAGUUAGGCGUAGAUUCUUAUAAGACAGGUAGUAUUGUCAGUUGUCGGAUCGUCUAAUAUAAUAUUUCUCAUAAUUGUAAUAUCAUAAUAAAUCAGCGUUAAAAAAAAUAGAGUAUUUUUUUUAACUCUACUCCAUUUUGGAGUAAAUAGUAGAGCAAUAAAAAUGUAUUAUUCUCUUUCUGAAGUAAACCUAUAUUUAUAUCAUUAUAAAAUAAAAAAUAGAAUAAGGUUUGAGCAUUAUAAUUGGAAACUCCAUUUUAAAGUAGAAAUGAAGUAGGAAAUGCUCAGGUUAAACACUAAAUUUAUUUUAUUUUAGUAAUGAUUAUGAUCAUAUAGUUUCAAAAUCUGUACGAUACUCCAUAAUUGCAUGGAAACAUCAUUGGUUUUCCGAAGUUUAGAUUCAGUUUUGGAUCAUAGUAAAUAAUGUGAUGACAAUGUUUAAUGCGAUUCCAUCAGCUACUUCCUCGCACAUCCAAAAUUGUUUCCUCAUAUUAGCCAAACUGUAUGUGGACCAUAUAUGUAUUCGUAUUAAAAGUACAUUUCAAACUGUACAAUAUUUUACUUACAACUUAGUGGAUAGGGCUGGACACAGAUCGGAUAUCCAAAUAUUUGAAAGUAUUUGUGAUUUGAUUUGUAUGUUACGGAUAUUAAAUUUUUCAAUUUGCGUUGCUCCAGAUAAUACGGAUAUCCGGAUAACCGGAUAUCCAGAAAAUAUGUAGAUAUUUGCGGAUAGGAAUAUUUACGGUUAUAUUUUUCAUUUUAGUUAAUACAAAUAAUCUAGAAAAAUCGAGAUAAAUUUGUUCUUUAAAAUAUUUUUACAUGAUAUAUAAAAUAAAAAAUAAAAGAAGCUGUGAAAUUAUAUAUUUGUAAAUUUUAAAAUUAGUUAUAAGAAAUACAAACUUAAGAAAAAAUUAUAGAUAUCAUAAAAAUUUCUUUUAUUUUUUUUAGUUUAAUACUUUUAUAAGUAACAAUGUGAACAAUAUUUAUUAAAUCAUACGUUAAAAUAACAAUGAUAUAAACUCAUACGUUUAGAACUAUACAUUUAAUCGAUAUAUAUAUAUAUAUAUAUAUAUAUAUAUAUAUAUAUAUGUAUUAAUAUAGUUGUUGGAGCGGAGCAGAUAUCCGGUUUUUAAAAUUUUAUUAUUUGUGAUUUUCUUCGUUUUUAACGAAUAUUGAUUUUUAAUAUUUAUUUUGGUUCAAAACUUUACGGAUAUCUAGAUUUUCGGAUCGAAUAAAAUUAAAUAACGGAUCUAAUCAAAUUUAACGAACAAUGGUGGUCUACAAAAUAUAAAUAAAUACGUACGGACGAAGCCCUUAGAAAUGUUACUGACGUAAGUUUUACUAUAUUACGGAUACAUAUAUACACCAAAUAUGUCUAUAUAUACUCAACAUAUUUAAAAAAAAAUUAUAUAUAUAUAUAUAUAUAUAUAUAUAUAUAUAUAUAUAUAUAUGCUCAACAUGUUGGAACCAUUAUAGAACGUUUCUCAAGAAAUUCUAAAUGGGAGAGUUCAGAAUUUGUUAUUCAUUCAAAUACUCUUUCUUUAAAAUACACUUUCUUUGUUUCUAAGAGAUAAAGUUUUAAAAUAAUAUUUUUUAAAAGGAUUUUUGUUUUAUAAAAUUUUUAUUAGUUAAUAAUGGUAAAUCGUAAACUUUUUUAAAAAUGUGCUCCCUCUGUUUUUGAAACUAAGAUUAUUUUGAUUUUUUGUUUAACAGUGAUAAUGUUUUUAUUAUUUUAAGGUAUUUCACAUAUUUUUAAAAACAUUAAAGAAAAAUAUUUAAACUAAUUACAAAUCAUCAUUGGUUGAUAUUUAUCAGAAAGUAUAUAGUAAAAGUAAAUAAUAAAUUUAAUAAACAUUCAUUGUAUUUUUAAUAUGCAUCAUAACAGUAUUUUAUAUAAAUGAUAUAAAUAUACAUUGUAUCCGAAUAAUCUAGAAAAAAUAUUCGGGAAGGGAGAGAGUAGUAUUUAUAAUAAUAUUACUUGUGUAAAAUUAUGAUACUAAGCUAAUAUCAAUAAUAAAUUUAUAAUCAAACUUUAAUAUGUGUGAAACACUUAAAUACAUUUAAAAAAAAAGUAUAAAAUUAGCUAGAAGCCUCUGGACUACAAUAGUUAGAGUCCAAAUGGUUCUCAGGAGUCCGCUAGCAAUGCAAAGUCAACCUGUUUUGGCCAAAGUAUUAAUGCGAAACUCUCGAUUUUCUGUAAAUUUCUUAUGAUGUUUGUACUCGUUAACAUUCCAUUACAACAUGAAAAAUGAUUCAACAAGAGUUACUAAAGAAAAUUUUGAAAUUUGAUAUGCCUAGCAUAGAGGCAGCUAUAGACACCUACCCUAACAUGCCAUGACGCCGAGCCAUGGACUGGCCUAACUUACACAAGUGACCCGUUUGAUAAAGUCUAAUUUCAUAAACCAGUGACCAGGUAAUAUGGCUUUUCGUAAUUAGCAAAUAUUUUUUUUUUUUUUUGAAGAUAAAAAAAAAAAAAAAAAAAUAUAGUAUGAACUAUAAUUAAUCAGUAAUAACUACGUAUUAUACUUAGAAAUCAAUGUGCUAUGUGGUAAUCCAUGAUGUCAUACGGUUUUAAAGAACUAUAAUUGCUACCAAAUAUGUGAUUAGUUUGUCGUUCGAAAUUAAAAAAAGUUUUGCUUAAUGUCAACCCUGAUCAUUAUAAUGAUACUCUUAUAUUUUUUUUCCGUAGUUUUCAUCAGCUAGUUUGUAAUCUGACGAGCUCAUUGAUUCUUCGUUGUACGUAUUUAUCAGUGAAUAUAGAUUACAAAUGUUUCCUAUAAUCAUUAAAUUAAUACGUAUAGGCAUAGUUGGAACAUUAUUGAUUCACAUAAUAAAAGCCAGCUAAGUGAGAGCGAUAGUAGUGGUAGAAACUAUGAGAGCUUUUUCAGAAUUUUUUUAUUAAAAGAGUAAAAUACUAAUUUUUAUAUCUACAAUUUCAUAGUUUUUUCUUCCCGAAAACUAUUUUCGUUUCUUUUUCCAUUUUCUGUUUAUUUUCAUUUAUUUUAAGUAGGAGUGGUCAGUUAGAAAUUACAGAUAAAAUAUUCUAAGAGUCUAAAAGCAUUUCCAUCCAUUAAAUACUUCAAAAAUAUCUUAAACAAAAAAAUAUAUUACUAUUUAAAUGUAAUUUAACUAUUUAAUUAACUUCUCUCUUUUCGAUUCUAUUUUUUUAUUUAUAUUAUAAAAUAUUCUCAUGACGAAAAAAAAACUCUCAGUAGAGGUAGUUUAAUUAACAACAACUAAGUCGUUGGUUGAAAAAUCGAUACAGAGAAAACAAAACCAUCCAAAAUUUAUAAUUGUUAAUGCUAACAUGAUCAUCCAAGUUUUAUAAUUGUUAACGCUAACAUGAUCAACUAUCAAAAUUGUAAAUAAAAUUACAGAUCAGAUUCGGCUGACACAGAAGAAUGCAGGUUUGGACUUUUAAUAGAAUUACAUAAAGCAAAAUGCCAAAAUAAUAUUUUAU